UAAGUCACGUGAUCGGCAUAAACCAAUGGCCCCUGCUUUUAUAAGGAUAUCCUAUAUAAAAUUAAAGCCGGUGGCUACAAUCAUAUUGGGAAACUUACUUAUAUGCACUUUAAACAUCAGGAAGUAACAUAAUAAAACACUAUGGAGGUCAGACUUGCACUCAAUUUUGUUUUAUUUGCUAGCUUUUGUCUAGUAGAUGGCUGUAGCUGUACAAAUAUCUGUUCAGCUUAUGCUGAAUGUCAUAUCCACAGAAGAAAACGAUCUUUGGACAACCAGGAAAGAGACCAAAUAGAGAAUGCUGACAGGAACAGGACUUAUAGUAUCACGCUUCAAGGUGACCCGUGUAACUUCGAUACCUAUGAUGACAACAGGGACGGAACAAUUACCAAGGGGGAACUUGAGGCUAUUCUAUGUAUCAACGAGGUGACAGACGCUCUAUUCUCAGACCUAAAUGCAAUAACAGAUGAUGGCGUUAUAAAACCGGACGAAUUUAUUGUCAUUGCUCCGAUGAUCAUAACUGAUUGUUUCAGCUCUGACAAGUGAUAACACCUCAAGUAUUUUCCGAAGAAGAAGAGUUAAUAAUAAUGUAAACAAUUACAGACGAUAAAAUGAUUUAUUGUUGUAUUUCAAAUAAAACAAUUGAAUGAAGUAUUGCUAUCCGAUACAAAGUCCUAUACUGGAAGGCACUUAAUUUUGUCAUAAAAAAAACCAUUUGGAUUAAAAUUUGCGUAUAAAAAAACCUAAA